AGGCAGAUUUGGUGGGAGAAGUAGAGGGGAGGAAACGGGUGGAAGAGUGAGGUGAGGAGGGCAUCUGGGUCGCUGCUCCCGGGCGGCAUAAAGUUCUUCGCGAUGUGGCUGAAGCCCGAGGAGGUGCUCCUGAAAAAUGCGCUGAAGCUGUGGCUGAUGGAAAGGUCCAACGACUACUUCGUGCUGCAGCGGCGUCGGGGCUACCGGGAGGAAGGCGGCGGGGGGCUCACAGGGCUUCUGGUUGGGACUCUUGAUUCAGUCUUAGACUCCACUGCUAAAGUAGCUCCAUUUCGCAUCCUACACCAGACACCAGAUUCUCAAGUUUACCUGUCAAUUGCUUGUGGAGCCAACAGAGAAGAAAUAACCAAACAUUGGGAAUGGUUAGAACAAAAUAUCAUGAAGACCUUGUCUGUGUUUGAUUCUAAUGAAGAUAUUACUAAUUUUGUACAAGGAAAGAUAAGAGGAUUAAUUGCUGAAGAGGGAAAACAUUCUUUUGCAAAAGAAGAUGACCCUGAGAAAUUUCGAGAAGCCCUUUUGAAAUUUGAAAAAUGUUUUGGUUUACCAGAGCAGGAAAAGUUAGUGACCUAUUACUCGUGCAGUUAUUGGAAAGGACGGGUUCCUUGUCAGGGUUGGCUAUAUCUUAGCACCAACUUUCUGAGCUUCUAUUCUUUUUUGUUGGGAUCAGAAAUAAAACUCAUUAUCUCCUGGGAUGCGGUCUCAAAACUUGAAAAGACUUCAAAUGUCAUACUGACAGAGAGUAUUCAUGUGUGUUCCCAAGGAGAGAAUCACUACUUUUCAAUGUUUUUGCAUAUUAACCAAACAUACCUUCUUAUGGAACAGCUGGCAAACUAUGCUAUAAAAAGAAUUUUUGAUAAGGAAACAUUUGAUAAUGACCCAAUCCUUGAUGAUCCUCUACAAAUUACUAAAAGAGGUCUGGAAAAUCGAGCCCACAGUGAGCAGUUUAAUGCUUUUUUUAGGCUGCCCAAAGAAGAGACUUUGAAAGAAGUACAUGAAUGUUUCUUAUGGGUACCAUUCAGCCACUUCAACACUCAUGGAAAAAUGUGCAUCUCAGAAAACUAUAUCUGCUUUGCUAGCCAGGAUGGCAAUCUAUGUAGUGUAAUCAUUCCAUUACGAGAGGUCUUAGCUAUAGAUAAGACAAAUGAUUCCAGCAAAUCUGUCAUCAUUAGCAUCAAAGGAAAAACAGCUUUUCGCUUCAGUGAAGUUAAAGAAUUUGAGCAAUUGGUGGCAAAACUCAGGCUCAAGUGUGGGGCAGCUUCAACUCAGUAUCACGAUAUUAGCACAGAGGUUCCUAUUAGUUCUGAGUCUGUAGACCCAUCUGAUGAUAUUGAGGUACAAUCUUUGUUAUGUCAGAGAGAAAGCAGCAAAACUGUGAACACUGAAGCCUUAAUGACAGUAUUUCACCCUCAGAAUUUGGAGACUCUUAAUUCCAAAACGUUGAAAGAAAAGAUGAAGGAACAGUCCUGGAACAUCCUGUUUACAGAAUGUGGGCGUGGUGUUAGCAUGUUUCGGACCAAAAAGACUCAAGAUCUGGUUGUAAGAGGGAUUCCAGAGACCUUAAGAGGAGAGCUCUGGAUGCUUUUUUCAGGUGCUGUUAAUGACAUGGCUGCUAAUCCUGGUUAUUAUGCUGAAGUGGUUGAGCAGUCUUUAGGGACGUGCAACUUGGCUACUGAAGAAAUUGAACGUGAUUUGCGUCGCUCCCUGCCUGAACAUCCAGCCUUUCAGAGUGACACUGGCAUAUCUGCUCUGAGGCGGGUACUCACUGCUUAUGCAUUCAGGAAUCCCAAAAUUGGAUACUGCCAGGCAAUGAACAUUUUGACUUCAGUGUUGCUUCUGUAUGCAAAAGAGGAAGAAGCUUUUUGGCUUCUGGUUGCUGUAUGUGAACGAAUGUUACCUGAUUAUUUUAAUCGUCGAAUCAUUGGUGCCUUGGUGGAUCAGGCAGUCUUUGAAGAACUUAUCAGAGAUCACCUUCCCCAGCUGACUGAACAUAUGACUGAUAUGACAUUCUUUUCCUCAGUUUCUCUCUCAUGGUUCCUCACACUUUUUAUUAGUGUGCUACCUAUUGAAAGUGCAGUGAAUGUGGUAGACUGUUUCUUCUAUGAUGGAAUAAAGGCCAUUUUACAACUGGGAUUGGCAAUACUUGACUAUAAUUUAGACAAACUUCUGGCAUGUAAAGAUGAUGCUGAAGCCGUGACAGCUUUGAACAGGUUCUUUGACAAUGUCACUAAUAAGGAUAGCCCGUUGCCUUCAAGUGUGCAGCAGGGUUCAAAUGUAAGUGAUGAAAAAAGCAGUCAUAUUAGAGUGGAUAUUACAGAUUUGAUUAGAGAGUCAAAUGAGAAAUAUGGGAAUAUUCGCUAUGAAGAUAUAUACAGCAUGCGCUGUCGAAAUAGGUUGUAUGUGAUACAGACCCUAGAGGAAACGACAAAGCAGAAUGUGUUGCGUGUUGUAUCACAAGAUGUGAAAUUGAGCCUUCAUGAAUUGGAUGAACUUUAUGUCAUCUUUAAGAGAGAGUUGUUUUUUUCUUACUAUUGGUGUUUGAGUUCUCCAGUAUUGAAGCACCAUGAUCCCAGUCUGCCAUAUUUGGAACAGUAUCAGAUUGACUGCCAGCAGUUCAGAGUGUUGUAUCACUUGUUGAGUCCCUGGGCUCAUUCUGCAAACAGAGACUCACUAGCUUUAUGGACAUUCAGAUUGAUGGAUGACAACUCCGACUGCCUUAUAAACUUCAAAGAAUUCUCCUCUGCAAUUGACUUAAUGUACAAUGGAAGUUUUACUGAGAAGCUUAAGGUGCUUUUUAAGCUGCAUAUUCCUCCAGCUUAUACUGAAGUGAAGUAUAAGGACCCUUCAAAGGGAGAUGAACUUUCCAAGGAAGAAUUACUUUAUUUCAGUCAGCUCCAUGUUUCCAAGCCUGCAAAGGAGAAAGAAGCAGAGUCAGCAAAAAACAGCCCUGAAAAAGGAAAAGAAAAAGUUGAUAUUCAAGCAUAUCUAAGUCAAUGGCAAGAUGAGCUUUUGAAAAAAGAAGAAAACAUUAAGGAUUUACCAAGAAUGAAUCAGUCACAAUUUAUUCAGUUUUCAAAGACACUAUAUAACUUAUUUCACGGGGACCCUGAAGAAGAGUCAUUAUAUCAAGCCAUUGCUGUUGUAACCAGCCUUUUGCUCAGGAUGGAAGAAGUUGGAAGGAAACUCCAUAACCCUGCGUCAUCAACCAAAGGAUUGUCUGGUGCAGUCUGUGCUUCUGGAGGACCCAGUGAGGGGCAAACAGAGAGCCACUUAGAGAAAGAUCCCUCCUCUCUCAGGGAAGAACCUCAGUGGUCAUUUGCAUUUGAACAGAUUCUCGCAUCUUUGUUGAAUGAACCAGCAUUGGUGAAGUUUUUUGAGAAACCCAUAGAUCUAAAAGCCAAACUAGAAAAUGCAAAAACUUCUCAGUUAAGUUCUAGAACCAGGAAGUAAAUCUUUUAACAGGAAUUGCUUAUUAUAGACAUUUACCAAGAUUCUCAUAGGCGUCAGCUUGAUUCCUAGGAGUAGGGAUCAGGGAUUUAUCUUAUUACCAGUGUAUUUGAAGGUUAAAAAGAAGAUAUUUGGAAGCACAAUGAUUCAUUCCUUUGUGGUGUUAUCUAAUUUUGAUAUUCUCUAAUACAAAUAUACUUUUUAUAUUUCACAAGGUAUGCAAUACCAGGGGGAGUAUGCUAAAUGCUAAAUGUUACCACCAGAGGGCACCACCAUAUCACUUUUAACAAGGAAAUUACUAGUUUGCGCUGCUAUUUACAUAUGAAUUACCGAUGAUUUUUGAAAAUGUGGUGUUAUGUUUGAGUAUUAGUGAUGCUGACACGUCAUGUUGAUAAAUCCUACUUUCCAAAUUGCCCCAGUCCUAUUAGAAUGCUUUAGAAAAGCAGGCUCUUAGAUCUGUAGCCUUAAUUAUCUAGAGGAUUACCAAAUGGGAACCUCAUUUUCACGUUAUCUAACUGAAGUAAUAUUAACUUUUUAAAGUUAAUCUCAUUCAGUCUUCUAAUAAUAAA